CCAUAGCACUCUUUAUAAAAAGGUUUGUUCCUCAAUUCAGUCUGUUUCCACAUUACUUCGGAUGCUGUCUUACCUGAGGACACUUCUUCAUUACCUGUGAGGUAAGUAUGACAAGGUUUAUGUUAUACUAAAGAUCAUGAACAAAAAGAACAUGAGUAAAUCAGUUUCAUGUAGAGAGCACCUUCGAUUUAAUUGUUCUGUAUCAUAGUCAGUUUUGCUGGUAAUUUGUCACAGGAUGAAUCGUAGUCUUAUGUCAAAUAUCAAUAGUGUAAAUUAAUCCAUAUCCACCAAGAACAUUGAUUCAAUAAAUAUAUUUUUCAGAGAGAGAUGUUAUAAACAUUCUGGAUAUUGACAGUUCCCAAAUGACUUCAGAUGAUGUCUUACCUGCAGAUGUUUUAUCUUCACCUGUGAGGAAGAGCAAAAUGGACUUCUGAACAGCACUGCAUUUUGAAGCACACUUUGCUCUAUAAUCCACAACUCAUCUUAUGGCAUCAACAAAUCUACUGUUAUCAAGAUUGCUUGGUUUGGACAAAUAUGGACAGUGGAGUCAGGACGAUGUUGCAGAUUUGUUCAUUGCCCUUGUGAAACAAUACAGUGUCAGGAAAAUAAAGACUGAUUUCUACACAUGGAUCUCAAAAAUGCUUUACAAAGUGGAAAUUCACAAGAUCAACAAGUCAGAUUUAUUAUCUAACAUUGAAACAAAGCAGUUUGUGGAUGACGUUGAACUUAGAAUUAAUGACUUUGUUAAAGAAACAAAAGAGAAAAGCCUUGAAAAUAUUCUUAAUGAACUGGAAGCAGAAGGAGACAUUGAUUGUAAUAUUUUAUGUGGAGUUAAGGACAUUGUGUUGUCUGCGUCAUCACCAUCACAUUCUAUUUCAACACUCCUGAAAGAUAUAAAGGAUAAAUUAGUGAAGCUAUGUACAGCAGUAGAAGCUACCAAAAGAUGGAAACCAAGGUUGACUCAGAUGGUGAGCUGGUGCAUCAUGGUUCUUUCUGAAUCUAGCCAGUUAAUCCAGGUUGGCACAGGAGAAGGAAAGUCAUGCAUAGUGGCUAUGUUUGCUGCAUAUCGUGCCAUGAUUGGAGAAAAUGUGGACAUUAUCUCCAGUUCCCCUGUGCUUGCAGAGCGAGAUGCUAAGGAGUGGCGAGUAUUUUAUGAAAAUCUGGGAAUCACUGUAGAUUACAAUACAAAUAAAACAGGAGUUCAAGAGCUGAGGAAGUGUUAUAAUUGUCAAGUGGUCUAUGGCACAACUAAGGAUUUUGCAGGAGAUUGGUUAAGACACUGGUUCAAAAGAGAAAAUGUGAGACUUGAAAGAAAGUUUCAGUGUGUCAUAGUAGAUGAGGUGGACUCGCUCAUGUUGGACAAAGGUCUAGAAGUUGUCUACAUAGACAGUGAGAUGCCUGUCAUGGAGACUCUAAAUGUAAUCUUAGCUCAGAUUUGGUUUGUUGUCAACCAGGUUGAAGAUCUUGAUGUAGAGAAAACACUAGAUCUCAUGCGUUCCUUACUAAUGGCUGAGGAUUCAAACAUACUGCCAUCACAUAAAUAUUUAGAGAUUCUCACAGAUACAUCAGAGAUAGAGCAGAAUGAAUUCCACAUUCCAGGCUUUAUAGAGCACAUCAAUGGGAGGCUAAAAAUCUGGAUUAAAAAUGCAUUUCCUGCCAAAACAAUGACUUUAGGGCAUGAAUACAUUCUACACAAUAAUUGUGUAGUUCCUGUAGAUUACAGCUCCACAGGAGUUGUGCAAAAUGACAUGAAAUGGGGAGAUGGACUUCAGCAAUUCCUUGAAAUGAAGCAUCAAACCAGGCUGUCGAAUAUGUGCAUUAUAACAAAUUUUAUGUCCAAUUUAAAGUUAUUCAGGAGUUAUGAUCGGAUUUAUGGGCUCACAGGGACUUUGGGGAACCAAAGUGAGCUUGAUUUGCUGCAGAAACUGUACCCUGGCAUUAAAACUUGCAAAAUCCCACCAUUCAGACGCAGGAAACUUUAUGAGAAGGAUGGCAUUGCAAUUAAUGAUGAAAAUGGGUGGGUACAAACAAUUUGUAAGGUUGUUAAUAAGAAAGUGAACCCCACAGUCUACCGAGGUUCUAGAGCAGUCUUGGUCAUCUGUGAAACUAUUAAACAAGCACAAAUUGUCCACAAAGCACUUUCAAAAACCAUUUCAACAGACAAAUUGAAACUGUACACAAAUAACAAUAUGGACAAUUCAAAGGUUACAGGUGAAGAGGUCACCAAAGGUUGUGUCAUUGUUGCAACCAAUUUGGCUGGUCGUGGGACAGACCUCAAAGUCUGUACUGAAGUAAAUGUUUCAGGGGGUCUGUUUGUAGUGCAGACUUUCUUGCCCCUUAAUAUCCGUGUGGAGCAGCAAGCCUUUGGUCGAACUGCACGAGAAGGAAACCCGGGUUCUGCCCAGCUCAUCAUGUGCUCCACUCACUUCUCUGAGUCAGUCAAACUGAUAAUGGCACUAAACCCACCUCUCUCCAGGUUACUUACCCUUCUGAGGCGUCUAACAGCCACUGUAGCUAUGUCAGGAUUCAUCGAGAAUAAGUUUGAAGAGACUCUCAAAAUUUGUCAGGAAGACCCCAAUGAAAAGAACUGUGAGGUAAUGGUGACAGAACUCAAAGUCUUGCUAAACAUUGAAAAGCCAAGUGGUUUAACUACUCUGGAUACGGAAAAAAGGUCUAGAGAUUUAAUGGUACAAACGAGACUGUCACAUUUUCUUAAAGAUGAUAUACCAAAAAUCACCAAAAAGGAACAGCUUUUUUCUCACUAUCUUGAGAUGCUGGAUGAGAUUUACAAUCAGACUCAGGGUGGCAACCAUGGAGAUAUUGUGUCUUCACUUCAUGAGUGUUGGGGUAUGUGGCUUCUGAUGAAGUUCAAUGAGAAUGAAUCGACAGAAACAUUAACAAAGCAGUUACAGAAAGACUUGCAAAGUGCAAAGAAAAAACUGGAUUGCAACCAGUCGCCUUCCUCCAUGAUCUACCAUUAUGUGAGGACUGGCAACACACAUCGUCUUAAAGGAUCCCUUGCAGAUAGCAUUGAGAUGUACACAAGAGCCAUUGAAAACAAUCCUUGUUGGCCUGCCAUUGCUUUGUACAAUCGUGCACUGUCCAUUCUGUCUAAAGCAAAUAGUGGACAUAUUGCUCAGGCUUUGACAGACCUGAAGAAGGCUGAGGAAGCAGUAGACUCCUACAGUACAAAGUUGAUAUCGACUUUGAUUUUUGUGCAAGAUCUCAACAUGACCUCUGACACCUUGCUUACCAAGCAAUUUAAAGCCAAGUACCUGGCACAGAAUUUACUCAAAUUAAAUAUCCAACAAGCAAUAACAGUGUUACAGAUGGCUGAAAGUCGAGGUUAUGAUGUGAAAAUAACAAAAUACCCUGUGUUAUUCCUAAUGCUGAACCCUGUUGUAUUAAGAGGAUUUAGAGAGGUGUACACAGAGAUAAUGAAUCUCAAAUCACUGGGACUGGACACCCUCUUUUCACUAGAAACAGUGUUUUCUGUUUUUAAACGUUUGAGUAAAAUAUUCAGUUAAAGCCUCAGCUAAACUGUUUAAGAAACAGAACAGCAAAGAAAACAAUUCAGCAGAUAUCUGUUUGGCAUCCAGUAGCGAAGGAUUGAUGUGGACUGAAGAGCUGAAUUAGAUUUGCUCUCGCUAAGCAUAACCUCCUGAAUAUAACAGUUAAUUAAACACAUUAAUUAAAUAUAUAUUUAAUAAUCAUUUUUGUAAUCACAUGUGAUGACAUCAAACAGUCAGACAUUGGCGCCAGACUUAAUAGUACUCCAUGCUCAAGCCAAUAUUGCAUAAGAAAAAUUUGCUUAAUUACAAGGCCAAAAUUGCACAUAACUGAGAUAACUGAGAUACACCAGUGGUUGUGUCCGAAAUCGCGUACUACCCUACUACAUAGUAGGAGAAAAUCAGUACGCCAGAGGGGUAGUAUGUCCGAAUUCUCAGUAGGCGAGAAACAGUAGGAGAGAAAUACCCGCAUGGCUUACUGAUUUUGCAGUAUUCAACCGAUGGACACUACUCAAGUCAAAAAUCCCAUAAUGCAACAGGACCGGUGCAGACGAGCUCAGAAAAAAAAAUCUCUGAAGACAACACAUAGGCUCUUAAGUAUUAAACCUUGGUUAAACAGGACUUGUUUAACAAUACCCGAAUAAAUUGUUAACUUGUUGAAGGUUUAAACAAGAAAACAAUUGUCACAGCGUUUAAAACCUUUUUUGUGAUCUCCAUCAUGCUUUAGCCGGCCAAGAUAACGGCAACAAAUUUACCUCAGCCUGUUAACCCUGCCACAUUACAUUACUAAUUCAGUUAAAUUUCCUAAUGUGCAUUUUGCUGUUAGUGCGGUUGCUUUGAUCUGGUGGUCCCUUUAAGAUUUUUGUGUUUAUGCUGACGUUGAAGGUCACACGAUAAUGCCAACAUGGUGGUUGUAGUAUGUCCGGGAUUGUAUUUAUACUACACACACAUACUGUUUCAAUGGCUGUGCAGUAGGUACUGUCACAGUACAUGAUUUCGGAUGCAGCCUCUGUUUAAGCAAACUCCAACUGUCAUGCAACUUCCUAAUAGUCUACAGUUACAUCUGAGGUCUGAAUACUGGUGUGUGAAGUUUUGGUAUUAACUCCUCACUAUACAUGUGUAACACAACUGUGAAAUUGGCACUGUGCUAUUGCUCUUACCUGUGAAGUACGCAAAGGGUCCAUUUUUGUCUCCAUUCUAUAUUCACUCCAUUUUUUGAAAUUUGUUUGUUUGUUUGUGGUUUAUUUGUUUUAAACUCAUUCCAUUUCAUGGCAAUAGAUUACACAAUGUAACUGUUUUCAGCCUUUACUACUGCAACCUCACAGCUCCAGGGUCAUGGGUUCAGUUCAGAGUUGAGGUGAUGGUCUGUGCACAGUCUAUGCAUGUUCUUCAGUUUCCUCUCACUGUGCAAUAACAUGCAGACAGUCGUAUUUGCUAUGUUCAAUUUCCCGUAAUUGUGUGUGCAUGGAGCCCUGUGAUGUACUGGUGUCCUGUCCACUGUGAAUUCUCCUACUUUGCACCAAGUGUUGCUGGCCAGCAUAAGAUUCAUCAUAACCCUGAUCAGGAUAAAGCAGUUACUGAAGAUGGAUAUUAAAAUUUGUCCUUUCUUGCCAUGGAGAAAACUAUUCAUGAAUUUGUGUUAUCAUGUAUAGACUAUUGUAUUUUUUUUUGCAUUUGUUUUACUUACCUUAAUCAAUGAGCUCUGGCCUGCCUUAUAUUAAUCCAGAACACACCACCUUUUAUUCUUGGGUAUGUAACUCUUGGGUUUCAGUGAGCACUUCUACAAAACAUGUUAAAACCCAUUCUUAAUCUCUCAUUUUGACCAGUUCUUAGUACUGUAAUAACUUCUGAUGCUAUUACUGCUGUACUGUAUGUGAUAGCUUUUUAUUUAUGUACUGUUUUUGUGUUAUAUCUUUAUUUUAUUAUUUCAAUUGUUUAUUAAGUAGAGUGAAGCACUUUGUAAGUAACAAGUAUGUAAUUACUUGAAAUGUGUUUUUCUAUCUCAUCUGUCUGACUACUACAUUUACCAUUACUUUCUGAGGUGACCAGUGAUAUAAUCUAUAUAGGAUAUUACCAUCUUAUUGUUAUUGUUUAAUACUGCUAUUGCAAGUCUUCUUUGACUUGCAGAUUACUUUUUUUGCUAGUAUGAAUAACAUUCCUGAGUACAUGCACUGUAGUCUAACCCUUGUGUCUCUCGCUGUGUCUCUCUUGCAUUUGUAGCUUUUUGGCAACAUUUAGUUUACUGUCAGCUCUUUCAUCACUUCUAUGCCUCUGUUUUGUCUCAACUGUAAGAGUCUCAAAUAAGUGGAUAUCAGUAGAACUUUGGAGAUUUUUCCUGCAAUGAAU